GAUAUGCAGUGUUUGGGGCUUUAGUAAUUUUCUUCGCUCUACCGUUCCUAAAGAAGUGUUUGAUCGCGCACAGUGAAAAAUAAAAUGGCAUUGGAUUUGAGUCACCUUGAGCCUUUUUUAGGCCUUGAGAUGACCACUUGGAAGAGACCUCAGCACUUACUGCAACCGAAAAUAUGGCAUAAGCAGGAUGGCUUCAUCGUUAGAGACGUCACACCCGAUUUUUUCCCUUUUGUAGUUGACCACAUGGAAAAGUAUUUCCUUCGAGAUGAGCCGAUGGGCCAAUCGCUUAAAAUCGUAGAAGAUCCACUCGCCCUAGCAGAAAUGCGGAUACUGUGGUAUCAGCUGAUACUUCCGCAAAGGGUUUCCAUCGUUGCUAUUCCAGAAGGCACUCCCGGGGCAAAUCUUGAAGAAGUGAGCGAAGAUAAUCCACCCAAGAUAAUAGGAGUAAACCAGCUAUUCGUUAAUUUGAAGGACGAUCCCCCCUUGCCAGACUUUAAUUCGGUGCUCAAGAGUGAGAAGGUGAAACUGAGCCUUGGCACCUUUUUCCAAACUGGAGCGAUGGUUAACGUAUUUGAAAGAUACCAAGUGGACACUUACAUCGACGGAGGUGGAAUGAGCGUCGCGCCCGAGUGGCGAGGCAAAGGGAUUGGACAGUUUUUGAUCACCGCUAGAAACAACCUGUGCAAGGAAUUGGGAAUUCCGCUGCAAAAGACAGUGUUUUCAGCUAUUCAGUCGCAAAAAGUGGCGGUAAAGGGUGGUUUCGAAUUUCUGGCUGAAAGAUUCUACGCAGAUUUGAGGGGAGAAGACAACUCUCUCCUUUUUCCCGACAUGCACCCCGAUCAGAAGAAAAUUCAGCUGAUGGCGCGAAGAGUGCAGUGACGAAAUGACACAAUAAUCCGUUCAUUCAUGUACCAAACAUUUGUUAAUCGUUAUUUUAAUUGCAACUAGAUUUUGUAUUAGAAUAUUGGGAUAUUUUUGUGAUUCAUUUAUUAUUGGCAAACGGAUGUUUCAUUAAUUAAUCUACACAUAAAAUCGAGUCUACAGACCGUGAAGUAUAUCAACUAGAAAAUCGAUAAAAAUUCUUCAUUUUGUGUCAAAUAUAUACCUUUCAUUUUAUAUUUUUAAUUGAAUUUCAUUAACAUUUUUGCGGCUUAGUGCGGCGUGAUAUUACUCUGUAAUGGAUCGUUUUAGCAUUUUUACGCCAGUAUACUGUUCGCCCUUUCUUACCUUUGAAUUUUCAGUGAAUGAAUUUAUUGUAUUGACCUUUUAGCAAGAAUAAACACGAAUAAAAUAAA